AACCGGCGGGGGUGGGUGCGCUCGGAGUUCGGCUGCGCAGCCUGAGCGCGGGCCGUUGUUGUAGUGACCGGGGGGCGCCGCCGCUGUGGCCGACGGUUCCGGGAGCCGCACGGUCCCCCCUUCCCCCCAGGCCCUCCCAGCCGCUGGAGGCCGGCGCGGACCCCUGCCGUCCAUGGCCUCUGCCCCGGAGGACCCGGUGCUGGAGCGCUACUUCAAGGGCCACAAGGCCGCCGUCACCUCCGUGGACUUCAGCCCCGUCGGCAAACAGCUCGCAACUGGUUCUUGGGAUACGUUCCUCAUGCUAUGGAAUUUCAAGCCUCAAGCCCGAGCUUUCAGAUAUGUGGGCCACAAGGACGUCGUCACCAGCGUGCAGUUUUCCCCACUCGGAAACCUACUGGCGUCGGCUUCACGAGACAGGACCAUCCGACUCUGGAUUCCAGAUAAGAGAGGGAAAUCCUCGGAGUUCAAAGCCCACACUGCCCCAGUUCGGAGCGUGGACUUUUCAUCUGAUGGCCAGUUCCUCGCCACUGCCUCAGAAGACAAGUCCAUCAAAGUAUGGAACAUGCACCGCCAGCGCUUCCUGUACUCUCUGUACCGACACACACACUGGGUACGGUGCGCCAAAUUUUCACCUGAUGGAAGAUUAAUCGUUUCGUGUAGUGAGGACAAAACUAUUAAAAUUUGGGAUACCUCAAAUAAGCAGUGUGUCAACAACUUCUCAGAUUCAUUAGGGUUUGCAAAUUUUGUGGAUUUUAACCCUAAUGGCACGUGCAUCGCUUCAGCUGGUUCUGAUCACACGGUAAAAAUCUGGGAUAUAAGAGUCAACAAAUUACUCCAGCAUUAUCAAGUUCACAGCUGCGGAGUUAACUGUAUAGCCUUCCAUCCGUUGGGAAACUACCUCCUCACUGCUUCCUCUGACGGCACGAUUAAGAUUCUGGAUCUCUUAGAAGGAAGGCUUAUCUAUACACUUCAAGGACAUACGGGUCCCGUCUUUACUGUCUCAUUUGCCAAAAGCGGAGAGUUAUUUGCUUCAGGAGGCGCUGACGCGCAGGUCUUGUUAUGGAGAACCAACUUUGAUGAAUUGAAUCAUAAAGAUCUUACUAAGAGAAACCUCAAAAGAUUACAUUUUGACCCAGCGCCACAUCUCUUCGACAUUUACCCAAGAGCACCACAUUGCCAUGAGGGGAAGAUUGAAACUGUGGAAAUUAAUCCAAAGCUUGAAGUAAUGGAUCUACAGACCUCUACACCCCCUGUUGUGGAUAUUCUUUCUUUUGAUUCUUCCUUGACAGCAGAAACCGUAUUUAGAACUCUGCCGGACAAGGGCGAAGAGAUCUGCAAACACUUCCUGAACCCUUCUCUGAUGUCACCAGGAUGUUCACCAAAGCCCUUGAAAAAGAGAACAGAGGACGUGAGCGACAUGCCCUCGGAGAGCCAAAGAAGCGUGCCGCUCGCCGUGGCCGAAGCCCUGGAGCACAUCAUGGAGCAGCUCAAUGUGCUGACACAGACUGUUUCAAUCUUGGAGCAGCGACUGACUCUGACAGAAGAUAAACUGAAAGACUGUCUUGAAAACCAGAACAAACUCUUCAACGUUAUACAACAGAAAAGCUGAACAGAGAAGAGCGGGAACAGAGGCACAGGAAAUGGACACACACACAGGCACUCAGGAAGGCCGUCCAAGGCGCCUCCCGAAACACAGCCAUGCCUUGAGCAUCACGGCGGUUUUUUUAAAAGACUGAGCAUCAGGAUGCAAGAUUUUCGAAAAGCCAAACUGACAGACUAAUUUCAACACAGAGAUCAGUGCCAAGGACCAAUCCGAAUCAUCACCAUUCUGAUUGUAGUAAUAAAGUGAAAAAUCUUCAAAGAGACUGUUUCUCCCUCCCCUCCCCGUUAUUUUAAAAGUUGUUUUUUUUUUUUUUUCAAUUAGAGUCUAAAUCCUGCCAGGAGAACAACCAGAUCUCUAGAUUUCAUUAUUGAACACAGAAUUCCAGUUUGACCACUUCCUUAAAGCAGUGAAUGUAUUUCUUUAGUGAACAACACCCUGGGGGUGAAGCAAUUCACAUCACUGAAAACAGUGUCUUGAAUGCAGAGAAUCUUGACUUGCAGUCCAGCUAAAUAUAUAUAUUCCUUCUUAACAGUGUCUUUAAAAUGUCAGUCCUCUGAAAUUCUCAGUUCACAGAAUCUCCACAGUAGAAACACACUUUCACUAGAAUCAGCACACACAUGAGACAGCCGGUUGUGUUUUUGUUUAUGGCAUACAUUUUUUUUUUGGAUCCUUGCACCAACAUGAAAGAAAAUGAAGUGAAAAUACGUGGAGCACCUGUAUCGUUUCUUUUGUAGGUAAAUGCACUGAAUGAUGAUUUGGGUUCUGACUGCACCUGGGAGCUUAGUUGACAAAAGAUCAUGUUAUGUGAUGUGACAGCAGUCGUUCAAAAUAUACCUCACGCGUGUCUUCACUUGCUUCUCAAAUGCAGUUGUUGCCCAGGGUGAUUUCUGGCAGCUGAAUAACAAGUGCCUUUAAAAGAAAAAAAUCAUAUUUGCAUCAUCAUCUUCCUGUAGUGUUAUUAUUGUUAAAUGAAUUGUGAUUUGCAGCACGAAUGUGACAUGAAAGGUAUCCGACAAAGGUCUUGGUUACCAAUUACGAUGAACUUAAACAAGAGAUUGAGUGGAAGAGAAACAGAUGAAUUUGAGCUUCCAGUCUAUAUAGACCUAUAUUGAGAAGCAGACGGGAGAGGGCAGUUCACGUUUGUAAUUAUAUAAGGUAAUGGGGGGGGGGUAGGGGAGGGAUGCUAUUUAUGUUUCUGGAAGAGAAAGUGGUGUCCUAUUUAUAGAGAAGUCUGUGUUUGGAAUUUUUCUCAAAGCAAUUUCAGUCUAAGAGAUGGACUUUUUUUAACAAUCAUCUUAUUGCGUGUUCUAAGUGCCUUUUUAUAUUAUACUAAGUGUGAACCUUUGGAUAUUUUCAAGAGUUUAUAAAGACCAAGUGGCAUUGUAUUUUUAUAACCUCAUUGAGAAGACUAAGGAAUGGAAUGUCAUACUGAUUUUGAUUCACUUUUGAUACGCUUCAAACAAUAAAGACAUUUUGCUUUUUUUUUUUUUUAAAGAAAGUAUCUUUCUCUUUAAACAAUUAAAACCUGAAUUGAUUAUACUAAA